CUGUGAUUAGGAGGGAAUUUAUUCAAAGAGAUAUUCGGCGUGCUGUGUCCAUAUACAGAGUAAUGGCUUCUACACGUCUGAGAAAUAACCUGGCAGCCGGAGGUAAAUUACUAAACCGCCGUAAAGCUAGUCAUUAAAACCGGUUUGUAAUGCGAGUAAGCGACAACAGAUGCAACGUGAGCAUUAACCGUACAAAGUACUCUAAACCGCUUAAACGGAAUCUCACUGUGCUCACAUUCAGACCGUCUGCGGUAAUGAAACUGCUUGUUAAUCAACAAUCAUCGACUCUAUUUAUAUUUCAGAGUUCUUGUUAUGCUUUUACGGCUAAGUUAAACGAGUUAGUUGAUAUUGCGGUAACAGUCUUUAUAUUUGGAAAAUAAAAUUUGUGUGCCUGAAAUUAAGUUUUUGCUAUUAAAAUCACAGUUAUUCUGCUUUAUCGGCAAAUGUGAUUGGCGCAAUCGAUGUUGUGAAAACGGCAUCAAUAUUCAAAAUGGCUGGGAACCCACCAUUCUGGGGAUGGCAAAGCGAGCUUUCGGCCAUGGGAGACAGAGUCAAGUAUGUUUUGGAGAAUGACAAAUUUGGCGAUGUAGCAUUCUGUGUUCCUUUGGAUUCCGAACAACCUAGCGGACCAAUAGUAGAUAUUCGAGCGCACAGGUUUCUACUGGCCAUGGGAAGCAAAGUCUUCGAGAGGAUGCUUUAUGGUCACGCUAAAGACGUACGGGACUUAAUACAGAUUACCGACAUCGACGAAAAAACCUUCAGGAUCAUAUUAAGGUAUAUUUAUUACGAUCAAAUAGGACCGUUUGAUGGUGCAACGGCAUUUUCCACUAUAUAUCUGCAGCGGAGAAAUACGGGAUUCCUCGGGUGCAGCCUGCCUGUCGAGCGUUCCUGAUGGAUAACGUCACUCCAGAAAACUGCUUUAGUUGGUAUCUUCAGGCGAAAUGCCCAAGAUUUGCCGUAAGCAAUCUGGCAGACUUUUUCUUGGGAAAAAUCGAUCCUUGGGGAGCAUCGGUAUUACAAUCUGACAACUUUCUGGAGGCUCACAUCGAUGAAGUGAAGUCCAUUUUGAGCCGCGACACACUGCGAGCAGAAGAGAAUCAGGUGUAUACAGCCGUAAUUAACUGGGCAAACCGCUACUGCGUGAAGAUGGCCAUUCGGAUAGAAGAUGCUAUGACUCUGCGUUCUGAAUUGGGUAAUAUGCUGUACUUGAUCCGAUUCCCCGUUAUGACCUACCAGGAAAUCGCUGCCGGACCAUCUAAGUCGGGAAUACUGCCUGCGGAGGAAAUUAAUCAGUUGUUCCAGUUUUGGUUUGCUGAUGAACCGUUGCCAAUCAAAUUCAUUAACCGGAGGAGACCUCUGCCGACGCUUCUCGCCAUAUCAAGGUUCGAUAAAGUGAAAAGGCCAUAUUACGAUGGAUGGAGUUACAUAGCCGGACGACCAGAAGCGAUCAAAUUUGUGGUUUCGAUAGGGCGGAAAGACGGCACCAGCACAGCAGUCCAGGUUCCCCAAUCAAUUAAUCUUGUUGCGGUGGCAGGUUUCAUUCAAAAUCAGUGGCCUGUUGAUGGAAGUAGGUGCACAGCAUCAUUACGACUGUCCAUCGACAAAACGGGGUCUCAUUAUAAUUCCUAUAAUUCAUUCAACGACCGAUAUGAAUCAACUAUAGAUGUUCAUCAUGAGUCCUGGACUCUCACAUCUGACAAUAUUUCCCACCCAAUACACAAGUUCACUUUAGCCAAACCAGUAAAACUGUCGCUUCAGAACUGGUACACUAUUUUCCUGGAGAUACCGGGGAUGACCACGUCAAGCUACGGUACGAACGGAGUCAGCAGUAUCGCUCGCAGCGAUGAUAAUUAUAACCUUACCGUUCACUUUGAUAGGGUUUCUACGGGUACACCCCGGUACGGCAGAACCGACAAUUUUUCCGGUCAAUUUCCGCAAAUUUAUUUUGAGGUGAUCGAGUGACCCAAAUUAAUAUAGAAGACUCAUGACUGCUAGGGUAUGCUACUGUGCGCUAUGCACAUGAGUCUCUGUACACAUAAAGCUUACAGAUGUUUAAAAUCAUGUUUCCAUGAAUGGUCCCUUUUGG